AUGGCGUUGCAAAACGGCCACCGCGAUGUGUCCAUUGUGGACAUUCGUCAAGGAGAGUUAAACAUCUCUCUUGUUGAUGAAAUCCGUCAGAAGCUCAAUCCGGGCAAAGGGCAGGAGAGAAGAAUGCCAACGCUGUUGCUGUAUGAUGAGGAAGGACUGCAGCUCUUCGAGGAGAUCACAUAUCUAGAAGAGUAUUAUCUGACGAAUGCUGAGAUUGAGACCCUCACCAGUCAUGCAGAAGCAAUUGCAAGAGUGAUAGAGCCGGGCUCACAGGUCAUUGAGUUGGGCAGUGGUAAUCUCCGCAAGGUCAGCAUCCUACUCCAGGCUUUUGAGAGGGUCAAAAAGGAGAUUGACUACUAUGCAUUGGACUUGUCCUGGCCAGAGUUGAAGCGAACGUUAUCUGCUGUAAACGGAGUUUAUAAGCAUGUGCGUUGUCAUGGCCUAUUUGGCACAUAUGACGAUGGGCUCGCUUGGAUGAAGGAGACUGCGAAUCUUGGGAUCCCAAAGUGCAUCUUGUGGAUGGGAUCCUCAAUUGGCAAUCUCGAGCGUACAGAGGCAGUAGAUUUCCUGCGGGGCUGUUCAGAAGUUCUGCAAGGCCAAGAUUCCAUGCUGAUAGGCAUUGAUGCCUGCCAUGAAAGUGACAAGGUCUAUCGUGCUUACAAUGACAAGCGAGGUACAACACACGAGUUCAUCCUCAACGGCCUGAAGCAUGCCAAUAAGCUCAUGGGAAAGGAGGUUUUCAGGGAAGACGAUUGGAAAGUGAUGGGAGAGUACGAUGAAGUCGCUCGCCGGCACCAAGCGUUCUAUACACCUGUCAGAGAUGUCGUGGUAGAAGGGACGCUAAUCAGGGCUGGGGAGAAGAUUCGAGUAGAAGAAAGCUACAAGUACUCACUGCUUCAAAGUGACGAGCUUUGGCAGCGUGCUGGCUUGAUGGUACAGGCGAGAUUCGGUAACAGAAUCAACGAUUACCAUCUGCACUUAGUCUCGAAGCAGGCUUUUUCCUAUCCUCUCAAAGCGAAUGAGUAUGCUGCUCAGCCGGUACCAUCCCUACACGAAUUUGAACAGCUAUGGGCGGCAUGGGACGUGGUUACGAGGCACAUGAUACCCGAGAAAGAACUUCUGUCGAAGCCCAUUAAGCUUCGAAACUGCUGCCUCUUCUAUCUGGGCCAUAUUCCCGCCUUCUUGGACAUGCAUUUGACAAGAGCGACCGGCGAUGCGGCCACCAAGCCGAGCUCUUAUCACCACAUGUUCGAACGUGGCAUCGAUCCCGAUGUUGACAACCCAGAGAACUGUCAUGCACAUAGCGAGAUUCCAGAUGAAUGGCCUCCAAUAGGUGAGAUUUUUGAUUAUCAAGAACGAGUUCGAAAUCGAACAAGAUCCCUCUUUGCCGAUAGAGGCCUGGAGACGAACCGAUUGCUUGGACGAGCCUUGUGGAUUGGGUUCGAACAUGAAGCCAUGCAUUUGGAGACACUUCUCUACAUGCUUCUGCAAAGUGAUAGGACCCUCCCGCCUCCUGGCGUGGCUCCAGAUUUUGUGGCAUUGGGGAAACAAGCCCGGGAGGCUGCGAUUCCAAAUCAAUGGAUCCCAAUACCCGCCAGCACUAUCAACGUAGGCUUGGAGGACCCUGAAAACGAUGAUGGACCUAACCGUCAUUUUGGUUGGGACAACGAGAAGCCACAACGUCUGCUUGAUGUGCCAGCAUUCGAGGCCCAGGCGAGGCCCCUGACCAACGAAGACUACGCCCGUUACCUUUACCAUACUGGCCAGGAUGCGGUGCCUGUUUCCUGGAUCUCUGAGGGGAGCCAUCACUCCCCACCCGUAUAUCAACGAGAAGCGCCUGUCGACGGCCAUAGCUCCUACCAGAAUGGACUUAGCCCGCCAUUGACAAACGCAUAUUUGACUGGCAAAUCUGUCAGGACUGUCUACGGACCGAUCUCGUUGGAGUACGCACUGGAUUGGCCCGUCUUUGCAUCUUAUGAUGAGCUUUCCAGAUGUGCAACGUGGAUGAACGGACGUAUUCCAUCCGUGCAAGAAGUCCGAAGCAUCUACAAUUAUGUGGACCCGAACAAGAAUAAGAAGACGGAUAGUAUCAACACCAAGAAGAUCUCUGCAGUCAACGGGCAUCUUUCCAAUGAGGGAGUCGAGAUUUCUCCUCCACCACACCAUUUGCGUAAUGGCGCCUCUGGCGCUGAGAAGUCCCUUGAUCCCUAUGAACUAUUCGCUGACCUUGAAGGCUGCAAUGUGGGUUUUAAGCAUUUCCACCCAAUGCCUGUCACCCAGAACGGCAAUCAGCUGUCUGGGCAGGGGAACAUGGGCGGUGUUUGGGAAUGGACAAGCUCGCCGCUAGAGAGGCAUGAGGGGUUUGAACCCAUGACAUUGUACCCAGCUUAUACAGAUGACUUCUUCGACGGGAAGCACAAUGUUGUUCUGGGCGGAUCAUGGGCAACUCAUCCCCGUAUUGCUGGACGUAAAACCUUCGUCAACUGGUAUCAGCGCAACUACCCGAUCACAAUCACGGACUGGAACACAAAUGUGGAACCUGCGCAACUGUGUUGUCGUCGUAAGCUAAUUCUUCCGCCUAUCCAAAAAGCAAAGCUCACAUCGUUAGACCACGCGCCAAAAGAACGUGUUUCGGGAUUCACGAAGAGUUGCUUAAAUACCAUCGAAGCUCAUAGCAAACGCCACCUUGAGAUUUCUGAAAUCAUAAAGGCCAUUCGCCGUCUAGAAGGGAGCCCUAGCACAGAAAGUCCACUCUACAACAACAAAAGGAAAGGCAAGAAGAGAGACGACUCGAACCUUGACCAUUCAAAUGAUGGAAGUGAGCAUGUUGGUGGAGUUGAUCCAGAGCGAGACGUCGAAUGGGAUAGCAACUCAAGCACUCUCAAUAAUGAUGACGAUGAUGACGCCAAGGAAAGGAAGCAGUGCUGGUCCGGGAUCAUGGAGAAUGCUGAUGCCCGCAAAGCAGCAAAGGCCGAACGGAAGGCAGCAAAACAUCAAGUCCUCUUCGACGUCACAACCCAGGAGGAAUUGGCUACAGUCGAGAAAGCUUUGCAUCCUGAGUCCGAGCAUCAAGCCAGCGCAGUCUCCAAGAGUCAAGGACUAGCGGACAACCGCACGAUUGACGAGAACAUCGGGUUCAACGCAAGCACCUUUAAAUGGAGUAAGCUACAACUAGGUCUACACGUGAAGAAGAUAGCCAAAAGCAAUGACAGCAAGCAAAAGCCCAGUACCCCUCAACAAGACAACAAGAUCCUCAGCCCCAUCUUUACCAGCCUCGGUAUUGAUACCAAUCUCUCGAAAGCGAGCAAAGGACGCAAGUCUCUCGAUGCCAGACUUCGCGCUGCAAUUCUUGGAGACCUUGUGGCUUUCGAAAAUGACCAAGUGGAGACUAUGCAGCGCAUGGCCGGCUACUGGCGUUACGCCAACAGGCGCAUUUAUAAUGAAAUGGUCCGGAACAACCAGCUCUGGGACUGGGCCACUGGUGAGAAACUGCCUGAGAUCAGGGAAGAAGUCGAGCUGGAUGUUGUCGAAGAGGAGGAUGAGAACGCAGAAGAAGCUAGCAACCUAGUUAGAGAGACGGGAGGACAGAUUCCUGAGAACUGGGAUGACCCAGAUUUCGAGCUCCCUGCUGACCAGACGGGGCUUUCUCUGACUCCUCUCUCUGACAGAUCGAACAGCAAUGGGGAGGUGGGCAGGAGCGGUACACUUACGAAGCAGUCGCAUGCAGACCGCGACACGAAGCUGGAUCAGGAGAUCGACGAAUCAACCAGAGACUGCAUCACGAAUACCCCUAUCCCCAAAUUUUCCUUCAGUCCUGGACGCCUUCCCGGUCAAACUCUGAGCUUCAAGGUUCUAUCACCACUUUCCAGCAAUGACGAUUGGGAGGCGCUUCUUGAUGAGUCUGGAAACCACACCAAGGAAGGCUCUCAGGUCCUUGGUAGUCCUACACCUAGAAGUCCUCUCUCACCCAUGACUUCCAACCCCAAACACGAGAAAGGCUUCUUGGGUGUCAAAGACACCCGCGUCUUCGCGAAAGCGAUUCGAAAAGUCCCGCCGCCUUUUCAGGAUACACCACGUGCUCCACAACCGAUCAGAGUUCUCUUGGCACCGGCAACUCCGAACAGAGACACCCCAGACGUCCUCAACCGCUUCGGAGCGCUCAACCACGAAACCCCCGCCCCCUGCGAAGAGGCCAAGAAAGCGGACCCGCCCCUCGUCAAAUCGGUGCUCAAGAUCCCGGCCAAGCCCAUCGUCAAGACGUUGGCUAUCCACGACGAGCAAGACGAGUGGAAAACGCUGCGGCGAGGAGCAAAGGGGAAGAUAUGGGCGAAAGGUGGCCCGGCGGUAGCGCUGAGGGAGAAGGCCGCCCUCAACGUCCACGCCAAAAAGUUCGCUGGGGGGAAGAGCUUCGCGGCCGCGGUGAAGAGGGGGCUGUGA